AUGAACGCGCUUCGGAUCGCGCUGGCGACACUGCGCGCUGAGUGCAAGACUUUCGGGCCCCUGGCCGACGUGUGCAUGUUCAAGGUGACCACGGAAGCCGCCGACCACUGGCGCAUUUUGUGCAGGCACGUGUACGACCUGAAAAAGAGCGACAAGCUUGACGAUAUCCACAAUGCCCCCGUGCGAGCGCUGACGGACAACAUCAGGCUCCCAAGCUGCUCGCCUACGGCUUCAGAGAUGGCAGUUGGCCCCGCCGCUGUCGACGGUGGCACGGUCGGCGAUCGCGACGAUUGUGAAGCAGAGCUGACCGUCCAGGAAGUGAAGGAAAUGUUCGACUACGCGGAGUCCGGCUCGAGCGAUUGCGCCAUCACAAAGGUCAUCUGCCAGUGCGACGAGUGCAAGGCGAGACUCCAGCGUGCCAAGGCGAAGAGGAACAUGGACGUGGAUGCGUUGCCAACUGACAACCCCCUCCCGAACCCGAAGAUGGGCGAAGGGAACGCGAAGAAGAAGCCUGCUUGCAGCCCCGCUGGGAACGACAAGAGCACGCUCCCAGUGAAGAUCGGGCGGAGGAACGGCGGCACCAAGCCGAAGGAGGCCUACAUCCUCCACUCACCCGACGCUGGCCCCUUCAGGUACCUUGCUGGCCAGUCGUUCACCAUGUGCGACAAUUACCUGGAGAACAUCAGCGAGCUUUGCAAGAAGAUCGAGCGGGGCGACAUCACCACGAAGAGUG